AUGACCUCCCAGCCACUGUCGCUGGACAAUGCCUUGCAUACAACAUCGAAGAGACUCUCCGCCGUUGUCCAGAUUUGCGAGGUGCCUGUGACAUCUCCUACCGUGGAAUGGCCCGAUGCGACGGCGCAUGGCCUCGUUGAAGUUGUUGGCAACGUUGGAAGUGAAUCCUUGGACAAAUCAAGAGCGUUGUGGGCAGGACUGAACCUGGAUAGGCCUAGGAUUGGUGAAGGACAGUUGACCAAGAAGAGGCCCUCAAGGCCCAGGAUCAGAAGGAGAUCGUCGUCUAGCUCAGUCGAAGGAGAAUUCGUGGAGGGUCAAGACUAUUGUCGUCAAAGGUUGCCGUCCUACAAGACGCUCUCUCAAUCGAGAAGUGUUGAUAAUGCAGCCUCGUUUCCCAGGAAGGACGACUGGCGUCGGCCUGGACACAACGGCCAUGCGGCGACGACAACACGCAAUCCACCCUCUACAGGCAUCCCAAUUCCCCGAGCAAGCCCUCUAGGUGCCUUCGCCCCCCAGCCUUGGAUACAAUCAUAUCCAUUGACCGCGCAGAGUUUGAGCACGUCUUGCGGAGUGGUUGCCCCUCUUACACCGCCUGAGGAUCUUGAUGCUUUUGACUGGGACACCCCUCUGCAUCUGAGUCCCGAAGAGGGAGUGCGCACAGUCAUGAAUGUCAACGACAGGUCCUCUCGUCAACAUCACAAUCAGGCCCGCGCCAAUUCUACCUCCAGGCCUUCAGGAAUCCAGAUGCCAGACAGAUCCAACAUGAAUGAAGACGAGGCAAAUCGGUCUAAUUGGCUGGGAAGAGCAUGUCAACAGCUUGUUCUGGCCCUGGGUGAUGCGAGUAAUCAACAGCAACUUCAAAUGGUCGUUCAGGCGCUACCUUCACAGGCGAAGUCUUCAAAUGCCCGACCAGUCUUCGAGAAGGUCGUUGAAGUGGUCCAGGGCCGCUUCACUUCUCCCCCCUACAUCACCAUUACCCAUGCAAUCUCGCAAGUGAUCAGCAUGGACGAAGUGCCAGCCUCCCCUCCAGCUACUCCGAACACCAAUCACUCGAGCGACGACUAUUUUCAAGAUCAGACCGUCUUCACGCAUGCCGCUGUGGUUCCUGCUUAUCAUUCUCGCCCGCAGCCGCCCGCCGGGCCCAAUCCUCGAUCCACGAAUAUAAUCGCGGCGCCAAGCAGUAUUCACCUUUCCAUCCUUGAACGCUACCUUCCACCAACCACGGCUCAAGAGGUUGAUGACUUCUUCACAUUGAGUCGACGAUCUUACCUCGCCGAUCGCCUUCUCGAACUCUCGGCAAACAACGGCAGCCUGCUGCUCGUGUAUCCGACCAAAGUCGGAGGGUCCGUGUUCGCCAGCAAGUACAUUGGUCCGGUCAUUGAGCCUUUUCUUCGGCAGUUUGUUCUACUGAACAGUCUCUACAUGGAACUCGCGAUUGAGUUGGGGCAAAUGGCCGGUGUGGCCGGCAUGAAGAGUUUCGAGGAAAUCCAAAAGCUGCUACAAAACAUGUGUCGGGAUUUGGGACAAAGAGCACCUUCAUGGGGUCUCCCUAGUCGGUACGAGCUUGUCCAUGCGGAAACGGCCGAGGUGGUACUGGACGGAACGCUGUGGAAAGAGUGGUAUAUUGAGCAAGAGCAACCUCGCUUGCGACAAAAUUUGGUGGACUAUCACAAGGCUGGCGGCCGCAUGCCAGCUCGGCACGGUCAGAUUGAGAUCACUCCGGGAAUGUUGGCACGUGAGGUGGUAGAGGGCAUUCGCCACAGCCGGGAGCCGGCAGGGAACGCAGGCAUCGAGGUCGGCGUGUUUGUCAUUCGACGGACCCUUGUGUGA